CACCACUUAACCUCUUGUUCGGUUGUCACUAAAUUUUUGCUAUUAAAAAAAUUAUUGCGUAUUUACUGUGGAUGUCAGAGGGAGUGAUUCGGUGACAUGGCUCCUUUGCAGAGGCUGCCGAUUGUACACCGAUAUCCUUAACCCUUAAAUGAUAAAUAACAGAACCCACCAGUUCUAGGUGGGCGCAUGGCCAUCCAGCUGAAAGCUACAUGACCCAGCUUCCCUUGUACCUGGGUGUGGCCAUGUGACUGAAUUCCGACCAAUGGGGUGUGAGCAAAAGUGAUUAUGCCCUUUCCAGGUCAUGCCCUUAAAAGGAAUGAGUGUGCCCUCCCCUUCCCCUUUCCCCUUCUCACUGGCCAGUAUGCAAACAUGAUGGCAGGAGCUGGAGCGGGCACUUUGAAACCCAGAGACAGAGAGUGAUAUAUUGCGAAUGGCAGAGAUACUCUACCAGCUCAGGACAGCCUGUCUGUGGACUACUGUCUUUCUAGGCUGGGUCCUAAAGUCUCUUCCAUAUACCACGGAAGUGGACUCAACAGGCUUGUACAGAAAAGAGAAAAAGUCAUCUUCCCAGCUGAAGGGGACUUUUGGAUGUCUCAAUGGCCAAAUAUAUCCAAGCCAUGUAUCUAGGCCAAUAAACUUUACUGUUGUGGAAUACAAUUUUUCCCUGAAGUGGACUUGCACAAUGGUCAACCUGCUGGGUUCUUUGCCCUUGACCUAGCCACCGCAGGAUAUGGGCUCUCGCACCUUCUGGCUCCAGGAUGAGGAACGCUGUCACUCUCCGAGAAGGGGAAUGGCUUGUUGAUUCAGCAGAAACACCCAUCCCAGCUCUGUUCUCAGCUGGCACCCUCACAAAGCCAGCCUCUGGGCCUGCCCUGGUUUUUUCAUGAUGUCAUCCAUUCAUCAUUGUGAGCUGAUUGGCGGUCCCAGGCCUUGGCCAGCUGCCCAAGGCCAGGAGGGAAGAGAGAGUUACCAGGACAAACUUGCGGUAGGCCCCUGAGCAUGUGCGGAAAUGUUGUCAUCAGUUCCACAGAGAAAGACUCAGUGGAAAUCAAAGAAGACAGUACAAGUCACGAGAUCCUAUCCAAUCUUCCCCUCCCUGAAUGUCGGGGAAGAAGUCAGGGGCCUCUUGCCUGUGGAUGGGGAGCCAAACCCUGGAGUGGGCCUGGGUGUGGAGGAGGGAUUGCUCUGCCAGAUGGUUCAUUCUCCAGAAUUCAACCUAUUUCCUGACUCAGUGGUGUUUGAAAGCAACUUUGUCCAGGUCAAAAAGGGCAGGAACUGGAUAGACAUCUACAAAGCCUCCAACACCAUGGCCGUUGGGGUGACCUCCUCCGUGCCCUGCCUGCCCCUUCCCAAUAUCCUCCUCAUGGCUAGUGUCAAAUGGCACCAGGGACAGAGCCAGACAUGGAACAGACCAUCUAAAGCCCCAAACAUCAUCCUGAAGAGGAUACUCCCCCUGAAGUUUGUGGAGCUCCAGGUCUGUGACCGGCUUCAACGCAUCCUGCGGUUGAGGACAGUCACUGAGAAGAUCUACUACCUAAGGCUCCACCCUGACCAUCCAGAGACUGUCUUCCGCUUCUGGAUCCGACUGGUUCAGAUUCUGCAGAAGGGCCUGUCCAUCACCACCAAAGACCCUAGGAUUCUUGUCACUCACUGUCUGGUACCCAAGAACAGCUGCAGCCCCUCGGGAGACUCGAAUUUAGUACAGAAGAAACCCCAAGCCUCCCAGCCCAGCGAGAGCCUCAUGCAGCUGAUGGCUAAGGGGGAAAGUGAAGCACUCUCUCAGAUUUUUGCCGACUUGCACCAGCCCCGCCAGUUAAGGAGCAGCAAAAAGACACAGACCAAAAGGGACAGCCCAGAGAAAGAUACUCCCAGUGAAGACAGCAUCCCUUGUACCCGAGACCUCAGCUGGAGGGACUCGUUCACUUAUGGAGAGUGGGAAAGAGAGAACCCCUCGGGUCCACAGCCCCUUUCACUCCUCAGCACCCUGGCAGCCUCCACGGGGCCACAGCUGUCCCCACUCAUAGGAAAUUGUAUUUGAACCACCCUUUCAUUCUGGGGAGAAUCUAUGCAGCCCUCACCAAUGCCACUCUGCAGCCUUCAGCUUUCUGAGGGACUCUAUCUGGAUGUGGAGGAGGAGAAAGCUGCAAGUAAGGAAACACUAGAAUCAUCUCACGCUGAUAGCAUAGCCUUUCCUUGGAGAACCACUUGCGAGCACGGCUCCGGGUGAGAAGCAUUAUUCCUGCAUCGUUCUAGUAUGUAACUCCACGUCCUUGGGGUCCGCACCGCCACCUGUCACCACACCUAGCCUCCAUCCCGCCACCAGAGCGAGCACAAGAAGACAUGCUCUCAGAAGGGCCAGGGCCAAGAGGUGGAGAGAAGGAAGGAAAGGGAAGCAGGACCGGAGGAGACGUGGAAGAGACCAGAGUGGAGGCGAAGAGAGGAGGUGGAGGGAGGAAGUCCGAGGAGAGGGGAGAUCUCGCGGUGAGGCGGUAACAGAAGGAAACAGAGGGACCUGAAAAAGAAGCUGGAGAGGAUAAGAGAAGAAACACACCACUGAGAGAUGCCUCACCAAGCUUCUAUUUAUCUAAUUUAAAACUUGAAAGUAAGGCCAUAAACCAAAAGAGAAAUGUCUUUUCUUCUCUGUCCAGAUUACUCGGGGUAAAUAGGAGGGGCCAGAAACUCAUUCCAGCCAAGAGCCUCUCCUUAAGUUUCCUUUUUUGCCAUUUUUUGUUGGUGGUGGUGGUGGUGGUGGUGGUGGUCAUCAUCGUCGUCGUUGUCCCUCUUUUCUGAUUCAAGCUUUGCACCUCCUUCCUUAGGACUUGCUAGCCUAGCCUUGGCGAUUCAAGUGAAGGUUUGGGGUUGAGACUGCAGUUUCCUGCAGGAGGCAGUGUAAGUGUGUGAGGUGGUGGGAAUUUCUCUUUUUGUGGUCAAACUUUGUAAGUUUGCUGUUGUGCCUCAGUCCUACUAGCACUGGCUCAAUUUCUUUUGCAUAUGACACCCCCAUGACACGUCGACAUACCUCGUUCGUGCUUAUUAAACUAGUGAUUCCGCGGAGAGGAGGUACAGCCUCAGAGCAUGGGGAAGUCAGAGGUUCCAGGGUCAAAGCAAAGGUAAAGUCAGAGGUUCACAAGUUACAGGUCAAGGGAGACACAAAGGAGUGUCUGUCAGCUGGCCGAUGGACUGGCCUCUUUGUUUAAAGUGUACAAUAUUUCAUAUUCAGUAAAAAACAGACUAUGAGGGGCGCCUGGGUGGCGCAGUCGGUUAAGCGUCCGACUUCAGCCAGGUCACCAUCUCGCGGUCCGUGGGUUCGAGCCCCGCGUCGGGCUCUGGGCUGAUGGCUUGGAGCCUGGAGCCUGUUUCCGAUUCUGUGUCUCCCUCUCUCUCUGCCCCUCCCCCGUUCAUGCUCUGUCUCUCUCUGUCCCAAAAAUAAAUAAACGUUGAAAAAAAAA